AUGGCGGAACUGGAUGUGAAGCGUUUUUUGACGCGGCUCAAUAAGCUGCAGUCUCAUUUUCUCAAACACAAUGCAACGGUGUGGAACAAAGCGGACUGCGUCGUCUUGCACCGUGGUCCCCUGGACGAUGAUCAGCCCUAUCUAAAGUCCGUAACGCUGCACCAAUGGUUGUUUGGUUACGAACUUCCCGACACAAUCUUGUUGCUCACCAAAGAUGGAAACGUUUGGUUGUUGGCGACGCAAAAGAAGCUUGAUUUCGUCCGUCCCGCCCUCGAAGCGCUACCGGAACUCAAGACCGGCAAGUCUAAACUACAAGAUAUCCACUUGCUGCUGCGCAACAAACAGGACGGCAAUGAGGCGAACUACGCUUCGCUCUGGAAAGAAGCGGGUCUGAAUGUGGACGGUGGGGAAAAGAAUACGAAGCGCGUGGUCGGCGUCAUUCUCAAGGAGCGAGCGGGGAACAGCCAAGCCGGCGGGAUUCUCGGUCCUUGGGAGGAAAAACUCACCGCUGGUCAAGAAAACGGCGUCGAGCUGGUCGACGUUUCUGCGGCACUGUCGUUCUUGACUUCAGUCAAAGACGAGAGUGAGCUUGAUCUGCUGAAAAAGAGUUCCGUCUUGGCCAACAAGGUCAUGAAACACGGUUACGUCAAGCGUAUGGAGGAGAUUAUUGACUCGGAAACCUCCAUCACGCACGAAGCCCUUGCCAAGUACGUGGACGAGAUCCUGGAAGAUCCGACGAAAAUCAAUCUCAAAGUACCCCCUGAAGAUGUACAGGCCUGCUACUUUCCUAUUGUCCAGUCAGGCGGCGCCUACGAUCUCAAAGUCUCGGCGCAGUCAUCCGCUGAAAAGCUCAAACACGAUGUUAUUCUGGUUUCCAUUGGGGCGCGCUACAAAUCAUACUGUAGCAACAUGAGCCGGACCUUCCUUGUCGAUCCACCCAAAAAGGUAUCCGAAACAUAUGACGUCUUGCUCGAAGUGCAAGAAGCUUGUUUGGAAGUUAUGAAGGUUGGUCGCCAACUCAAGGAUGUCUACGAAACUGCCAUAGCGUAUUUAGAGGGCAAGCCAGGCUCUGAGUAUUUGGUCGCCCAUUUACCGAAGAACCUGGGCUUUGCGACAGGCUUGGAUUUUCGUGACAAUGCAUUUCUAUUGACGCCAAAAAAUACGGCGUCGUUCAAAGUCGGUAUGGUUUUUUGUUUGUCGAUUGGUUUUCAAAAUUUGACCCUGUCCGAAUCCGAUCGGGCUUCCACACCCGACAAGAGUCAACAGCUGUCGACGUACGCUCUGGUCGUUUCUGACAUGGUCAGCGUGACAACGAAUACGGCGGACGUCAUGACCAAAAUGGGCAAGAACUUGACCGAUGUAGCAUACAAUAUCAACGAAGACGCCGACGAGGACGACGAGGAUGAUGAUGACGAUGGCGAGGAAAGUUCGUCGCGACUUGCCAAGGAUGCGGCCGCCAUGCAGGAUGCGAAUGAAGGCGUUGUGGAGCGAGAACGUCGCCAGAUCUCGCUCAUGACACGGCGUAAUGAAGAGCGCCUUCGUGAGCUAGCUCGCGCCAAUCGCAAGAAGGGCGACAACGAUGAAAAUGAUGAAGUUGAAGAGUUGGAAAGCUACAAACGAACUCGCGACUAUCCUGACAAUGUGCAACCCAAUCAAGUAAAGGUAGAUAUGGCAAGCAAAUGCGUUGUACUUCCGAUUUGCGGAAAUCCUGUCCCUUUUCACAUAAGCACCAUCAAAAAUGUUGUUAUGCCCGACGCCGACAAUGCAACUUUAUUGCGCAUCAACUUUUACACCGCCGGUAUGGCUGUCGGCAAGGACGCUCCAGAAAAUAUGGUAAAAUUGGUGCAAAAGUACGCUCCUUACGCUUCCUUUGUUCGGGAGAUGACCUUUCGUAGUUUGGAUGGACACAAUCUAACUCUGGCUUUCCGUCAGAUAUCAGAGCUUCGCAAGCGUGAGCGGCAGAAGGAGCUAUUACAACAAGAGGAAGCCACGCUCGUGAAACAAGAAAAGCUGAUUCGAACAAAGAACGAACGCGUUCCUCGACUGGCAGACUUAACUAUGCGCCCUGUCUUUGCGGGUCGCAAGACUCAAGGUAACUUGGAGGCACAUUCAAAUGGUCUCCGUUUCAUUUCAACGCGGAGUGAAAUUGUUGACAUAAUGUACAACAACAUCAAGUACGCUAUCUAUCAACCAUGUGAAGGCGAUAUCAUGGUUUUGAUUCACUUUCAUUUGAAGAACCCGAUUAUGGUUGGUAAAAAGAAGCAUCUUGAUAUCCAAUUCUUUACAGAAGUGAUUGAAGCUAGCCAAGCUGUGGACAACGCAAGACGAAGCAUGUACGAUCCUGACGAAAUGGAUGAUGAGCAGCGCGAACGUCAGCUCCGAAAGAAGCUGAAUCAGGCCUUCAAAGAGUUCUGCAAGAAAGUGGACAUUGUUGCCAAGAAAAAUGGACAUGAACUUGAAUUUGACAUUCCAUAUCGCGACCUCGGCUUUACUGGAAAUCCGCACAAGGAAAUGGUCAAUAUUGUACCUACUUUGAACUGCCUCGUGAAUCUGACCGAGACUCCUUUUUUUGUGGUGGAUCUUGAGCACGUUGACCACGUUCAUUUUGAGCGCGUCACGUAUAUGAGUAAAGCAUUUGAUAUGGUGCUUGUAAACAAGGACUUUUCAAAGCAGCCUUGGCGAAUCGAUAUGAUUCCAAACGGAGACAAGGAUGCAAUUCAGGAAUGGUUGACGGACAUGGAAAUCACAUAUACUGAAGGUCCAAUGAACUUAAAUUGGAAACAAAUUACAGCAACCGUGAAGGAUGACGAUCGCUUCUACAUGAACACUGAAGAAGACGAAGUCACUGAAAAGGAAGCCGGGUGGGAAUUUCUCCGUAUGUUUGGACGGGAAGACGAAGAAGACGAGGAUCCAGACGAGGACGACUCAGAAUUCGGUGAUGACCGGGUGGAGAGCGAGGCCUCCGACGAAGAGGAAGAGGUUGAUGAGUUUGUGUCUGAUGAUGACGACGAUGAAGAAGAUUUCGAUGCUGAUGAAGAUCUGGAAGAGGAAGGGCUGGACUGGGACGAAAUGGAGGCAGCUGCGGCAGCAGAUGACCGACGGAAACGAAACCGUGACGAAGAUUUGGACCCCGAGCCUGCUAGAAAGCAGAAUCAAAGCAGCAAGCGUCGGCGCUAAGUCUACGGAUUGAUGUUUUUGCGGAGCUAUCUUUGUACUUCACCACCCGCUAUGUCGCUUUUUGCGAUGUGUAGUUUCGGUGAGAUUGGAGAAUUAAAAGCCAUUUUCUCUGCAUUCAGCUUAAUUGUAAUCGAUCUGAAUACGGACAUUGUCUACGAG